AUCUAGAUUUCUACUAAAUAAUAUAAUGUCUUCAGCAGCAAAAAGCUCACCGAAGGAUGCCCAAGUUAUGUCUGCUAUUCUCAAAGAUAUGGGAGUUUUAGAAUCAGAACCACGUCUAAUAAAUCAGAUGUUGGAGUUCACAUAUCGUUAUGUUACUGAUGUACUGGAAGAUGCAAAGAUUUAUUCAAGUCAUGCCAACAAAAAGUCUGUUGACACUGAUGAUAUAAAAUUGGCUGUUCAAAUGAAGAUGGACCAUUCAUUUACCACUCCACCACCUAGAGAUUUGCUGAUGGAGAUAGCCAGACAAAAGAACUGUCAGCCCCUGCCUCUAGUCAAACCUUACUGUGGACCAAGGCUACCCCCUGGCAGGUACUGCAUGACAGCUCCCAACUACAAGCUCAAAACUUUAAAAAAGCCUGGAAGUGUACAGUAUGGACUCCCAGUUAGUCAAAGAACUGGCUUGACUUCACAAGUGAAAAGUAUUGGAGGACCUACGUUGGCUGUCGUGACCAAAACCCUAACUCAGCCUACAGUGACCAUUCUCAACAAGCCUCAAACUAUACCCAAACCCACAGUUAGGGUCACGCCAGGCAUAGGAGCUCUGGGUGCCUCAGGUAUGAGUAGAAUCAUCAGCACAGGUGGAAUCAGCCUCACCCCCUCCAGCACAACCCUGGCAGCAAAUCCAGUGUCCACAACCCCUGUCCCGCCAACCACACCAUCUGUGUCAACACCAACCAUCUCAAUCACAACCAAUCCCUUGAAGAGGAAACUUGAAGAUGAUGACUACGACAAUAUAUGACUUUUAUAGUUUAGACAGUAUAUGACUGCUAUAGUUUAGAGACAAUAUAUGACUUCUAUAGUUUAGAGACAAUACAUGACUUCCAUACUUUAGACAAUGUAUGACUUCUAUAGAUUAGACAGUAUAUGAUUUCCAUACAUUAGACAGUAUAUGACUU